UAAAUUUUAACAGUUUAUUUAGUUUUUCGAUGCAAAAUUCUAGUUUUACGCGAUGAAGCUAUUCAGAUUUAUUCAAAGAUUGGUCCCGUUGAGUUACCAAGUCAGAUUUUAUAAAUGUAAACCACAAUCUUCAAAACCCCGUCACCUGAUCUGCUUCAAGCAAUGGACGGCUACCAUGGUAAUGGACAUCAUCACGAGUGCCCUCAACCUGAAGUGCCGACACGUGGACACACAUGGGAAACGACUGGAUGUUCUGACGAAUUGUAAGGUGAUGAUACUCCAAGAGGUGAACGAGCCGAUCCUGAACAUGGCCGUGUCGAAGGCCGCGACGUUUCUGGGCGCUUACGACGUUAACAUAAUCGAUCAUCUGGUUUGGGAUAAGGAUUACUUUGGAAAGGUGUUCUCCAUGAUGACGGACGUGAUUUUCGUGGCGACGGCGACGCAUAUGUGCGUGCAGCGGUUCGCUGACCAGGCGACGGUGCCGGUGCUGUGUAUGCGCUCGCGCACGCAUGCCAGCAUACAAGCGCUGGCGACUGUGAUGGCUAUCAUUGAAGAAUUCGGCACAAUGAAGUCGCUCAACGUUGCGUACAUAGGAGCGCCCCAUCCAGUACUGAACUCGUACCUGCUUCUGUGCCCGAUGUUGGGAGCCAAUAUCAGAUACAAGUGCUGCUGCAAGGAGACAGGAGGUAUCUGUCCCCUCCUUCACAAAGCGAGUGAAGACCUCACGGCCCAGACCCGCACGGAGUGCCGGGAGUGCGAGUCCUCUCAGCAAGUGCUGUGCAACACAUCCGUGAUCAUAUCAGGGCCUACGUCUUGCAAGAAGGAGGCCGCUAAGGGCUACAAGAUUAAUUUGGGGGACAUCGAAAAGUCAACGCCCUGUGAAUGGAUAUUCUUCCACACCUGUCCUCGUGGGGACGAGUGUGACGAUGACCUUUUCAACCAUUGCAACUCUCGGACGUUUAAGUCGUUCCAGAACAUGCACUAUAUCACAGCUGCGCUGAUGGCAAACGCUGUUAAGGGACUAAAGUUUUAACAUUUGACGUCAAAAUAAAAAUGUG